AUGGAGGGUAAAAGAACACAAGGACGAGGCUAUUUGAAACAAAAGGGUAGUAGUGUGUCUUACCUUGUGGAAGAAGAAAUGGAGAGUGAUACGGAUGGAGAAGAAGAGAAGAGGAAAGGAGUGAUGGAUAGAGUCAGAGGCUCUAGUGGCUCAUCAUCGCGGCUUUGCCAAGUAGAUAGAUGCACAGCUGAUAUGAAAGAUGCUAAACCGUAUCACCGGAGACACAAAGUGUGUGAAGUUCAUGCAAAGGCAUCUUCUGUCUUUCUCGCCGGUAUUAGCCAACGCUUUUGUCAACAAUGCAGCAGGUUUCAUGAGCUCCCAGAGUUUGAUGAAGCUAAAAGAAGUUGCCGGAGGCGGUUAGCUGGACACAAUGAGAGGCGGAGGAAGAGCUCUGGUGAAACGUUUGGAGAAGGUUCCAGUGGUGGUCGGAGAGGAAUCACCGGUCAGGUGAUACAGAAUCAAGAAAGAUCAAGGGUAGAGAUGACACUUCCUAUGACAAACUCAUCAUUCAAGCGACCACAGAUUAGAUAG